GGUCUUCAGCGUGGCCUCUGGCGGUCUUUAGUGCGGCCCCUGGUGGUCUUUGGUGAGUGUCAAACACAUAUUGAAGCCACACCCGUCGUUUUGUUGUUGUCAAUCAGUGAGCAAGCGACAAGGAUAAUACAUUUAUUGACUGCGAUUUAUUCCAAACGCCUAUUUUCCCCACCCAUAUCACACCAGGGCAGGUUCAUCUCCAAAUACAUCUGACGUGGCCGUAAUGAUGAUUGCUACAAUCAUUAUAAUAUCGAUCCUUCCCACUGCUACCUACUUACGUGAGUGACAUCACGGGUGACAUCGACCUUCAAAUUCUGCAUGCGGUGCCAAUGGAAUGCCGGCCAACCCGUUGCUGAUGAGGCUGUUCAAGAGCGAACCCGCCCACCGUGCCCAGAGGAUUCGCUAGCAGCCGGUCAACGGUGGGGGGAGGGAGGGGGGAUCGGUGAGGUAGCUCCAGCACUCAGCGCUCAGGUGCUGACGCUCAGGUGCUGGUUACAUCCUGACACUAAGGUACUGACACGUGCUGAUACCCAGGUACUGACACACACACACUGACACACACUCGCGUAACCGACACGCGCGCGCUGACGCACUGACACAGACAGCCGCGCCGACACCGAUGCCACAUUUCAGUCGCACACAGCAACGCACGCUCAACUUCACGCACGCACGCACGCGCAUCCAGGGAAGACACCACACGCGGAGUACCGACAUCAUCGGGGUAGGAGGAGGGGGGGGAGUCGUCACCGCUACGUCCGUGCCCACCGCUCUUCUCACAGUCACGAGCUGGCCAUGUCGGAUGGGGACUAUGACUACCUCAUCAAGCUGCUGGCGCUGGGCGACUCGGGCGUCGGCAAGACGAGCUUCCUGCACCAGUACACCGACGGGAUCUUCCGCGCCAAGUUCAUCGCCACGGUCGGCAUCGACUUCAAGGAGAAGCGAGUGGUUUACCAGGCCUCGGGCGAGGAGGGCCUUCUGGGUGGACGCAAGCAGAAGAUUCAUCUCCAGCUGUGGGACACUGCCGGCCAGGAGAGGUUCCGCAGCCUCACCACGGCGUUCUUCCGCGACGCCAUGGGCUUCCUGCUCAUGUUCGACCUGACGAGCGAGCAGAGCUUCCUGAACGUGCGCAACUGGAUGGAGCAACUGCAGAUGCACGCGUACUGCGAGAGCCCGGACGUGGUUCUGUGCGGACACAAGUCGGACCUGGAGGACCUGCGCGUGGUCUCGGCCAAGCAGGCGCGCGAACUCGCAGACUCUUACGGGAUGCCUUACUUCGAGUCGAGCGCCGCGUCGGGCGCCAACGUCGCCGCGGCCGUCACCGCGCUGCUCGACCUCAUCAUGAAGAGGAUGGAGUCGACGCUCGGACGCUCCUCGCUGCCCGGCGCCCACAGGGGAAGCGGCGGCGGCCCCGGCGGGGGCUUCGUGGACGGCGCCGGCGACGCCAAGAGGAACCUCGGGAAGGGCACAGACCCCACAGAGAAAACCCCAUCGAAGUGCUGAACCUCCCCUCGUCAUGAACGGGACUCGAACCUCGACCAUCAAGGAUUUGAGUGUUGUGAACGCGAGUGGCUCCUUUGUCCGACAGAAGAAGAAGAAGCGAUGUCAAGAGUAGUUCCAUGCCGUGUUACUGUACGUUAGUGCGAUUGGUUGGGGAUGACUUGUUUGAGAGGCGUUGGUGGCUAGGAGAUGUUAGCUACCUCGCUUGGUAUGCAGGAGUUCGUGGGUUUCGUCCCGACCCUGACGCCUGCUGUAUAUUUUGAGUUGAAAUGUCUCUCUUUCUCUCAUCAUCAUAAUUGGG